UUUAAAAGGAUGAGCUUAGACAGCUUCUUGCAGACGUUAAGUUAGACUACUUUCAGAAGUGUUUAAAAAAAGCACGAUUCCACAUCAUUUUUAAAGACACCCUGAAGCUUGAAACAUCACUGCUGAAAAAUAAUAUACAUUGAUCCUCACGUGGGGCUCUUAAUUUAAAGUGACGACGAAUAUUUCAGUUAGGUAAUAUGGCAACUUUUCCUAGCAAAGUAACACCGAGAGUCGACAUCAGCGACCAGUCUCUUUUAGUUCCGGGUUCAGAUCAUAGUCACCAAUCACAUUUAGUACCAUUAGGAAAACAGACGGAUUUUCUAUAUGAUGAUGUCAAAACUGUUCUAGAUGUGCCUACAAGAGCUUAUCGAUUAUCAGGAAAUGGUCCUUGUUUCGGCUAUAGAAUAGGAAAAUCAGAGUACACAUGGAUAAGUUUUGGUGAAUUCAUGGAACGUGCCAGAAACUUUGGUUCCGGCUUAGUUAACAUAGGAAUGCAGCCAGGUCAAUCAACAUUCAUCGGAAUUUACGCGCGGAACUGCCUUGAGUGGGUCGUGACUGAAUAUGGUUGCUACAAUCAAUCGGUGGUAACAGUUCCACUUUAUGAUACACUCGGACCAAAUGCUUGCGCCUUCAUCAUAAAGCAAGCGGAGAUCUCGAUUGUGAUCUGCGAUACGGAAGCAAAAGCCCGUUCCUUACUGGAAAAGAGGGAUAACUAUCCAUGUUUAAAGCAGCUUGUGGUUACGAAUGAAGUUUCCGAUGAAGUAAAAGAACUCGCGAGGAAAAUGGAAGUCAACCUGCACUUGUUCAAUGAAAUUGAAAAAAGAGGAAAAUUAAAUCCUUCACCUACAGUAGCUCCAUCUCCUUCAGAUAUAGCCACUAUAUGUUACACUAGUGGCACUACGGGAGAUCCGAAAGGUGUCAUGAUAACUCACUUUAAUUUAAUUGUUACAGCCACUGCUAAAAUCUUUCAUUUGGGUGAUGCAGCUCCCGGCAAAGGAGAUUCUUAUUUGUCUUUCUUACCUCUUGCUCACAUGAUGGAGAGGAUUAUUCAGGUGAUUCUACUAUUAAAUGGAGGGAAAAUAGGUUUCUUUAGUGGUGAUCUCAGUCUAUUGGUGGAUGACCUGAAGGCUUUGAAACCAACACAUAUAGCUGUGGUUCCUCGUUUAUUAAACAAAAUAUAUGACAAGGUAAUGACAGAGGCAAGCAGUAGCAUUUUAAAGAAAUCACUCCUGAAUUUAGCUCUUCGGAGGAAGCAAAAUGAUGUAAAUAGGCAGAUCAUAAGGAAGAAUAGCCUUUGGGAUCGUCUGAUAUUUAAACGUAUCCGCCAAAUUAUGGGAGGCCGAGUUCAAGUUCUUAUUGCUGCUGGAGCACCGUUAGCUGGAAAUGUUCAAAAUUUCUUCCGCUGUGCAUUAGGCUGUGUGGUUCUCCAAGCCUAUGGUCAAACAGAAGUAUCUGGUGCAUGUACAAUGCAAACUGUGGGAGAUUACUCCGUAGAUGGGCUUCUUGAUGUAGCGGAAAUGGGAUAUUUUUCAAAUAACAAUCAAGGGGAGAUAUGCAUUCGAGGUCCUAGCUUAUUUCAAGGAUAUUUUAAAAAUCCUGAGAAAACUUCAGAAGCGUUAGACGAAAAUGGAUGGCUUCAUACAGGAGAUAUAGGAAUGUGGUUGCCGAACGGAACUUUGAAAAUAAUCGACAGGAAGAAGAAUAUUUUCAAGCUUGCUCAAGGAGAGUACAUCGUCCCAGAGAAAAUAGAAAGCAUCUACUUAUCAUCGCAAUUCAUUACACAGAUAUUUGUUCAUGGUGAAAGUUUGCAGGCCUCAUUAGUUGCUAUAGCAGUUCCAGAUCAGGACGUUCUAACAGAAUGGUGUAAGAACAAUUCAAUAAAAGGCACCUGGAAGAAAAUCUGUGAGAAUAAGACUGUAAAACAAUUUUUACUGGAUGAUAUUACCAAGCUGGGGAAGGAAGCUGGACUUAAGUCUUUCGAACAGGUGAAAGACAUUUAUUUGCAUCCUGAACCAUUUACCGUAGAAUCCGGUUUACUCACGCCUACCAUGAAGACGAAAAGGCCAGAAUGUCGAAAAUACUUCUCAUUUCUAAUUGACGACAUGUAUAAAAAUAUGCAAAAAGUUUGACUCGUUAAUGAACAAAGUUCUUAAUCACAAAUAAUUUAACAUCAUUUCGAUUCUUUUUCAUUGCUUAUCAAUGUUUAAACAACAUUACAGGCCAGUUUUUAAAAUGUAUGUUAUAUUAAAAUGUAAAUUUCAAAAUUUUCUCUGUCCCUCCCCCCAAAAAAUGGGAGCGGGACAAGAAAUAAACAAACCCACAAACCGUC